AUAGCGCACAACAUUAAAAUCACAACACUAUAUGUAACAUGCAACAAUUUAUAAAAGGUUUAACCACCCGUCCCACUGUCUAACAUACUGACUUUAUUCACUUUGUGACAUAAACACGCAAUCAGUGGUCUUUUGGCUUUACAUUUUAUUACAGUAUAUUGUUUUGCGAGGAGAGUGUAUUUUAUACAUUUUUGUUUGCUGCCUAAAUGAUGAGUGUACAGUUAAGGCUUUCAAGCUUCAUUACAGCUAUUUGCUUUGAAAGAGGACGCACAUUGUGUUUGUGUGAGUGUGUAUUUUUGUUUGUGUAUGAAGAAGGGGUGGAGGUUGUCUAGCUGGCACAUGCGUGCAGCUGUUGUCCUCUCCCAGCUGGAAGCUCUGUAAAUGCAGAACAGAGGUUGUGCACAGACUUCAGACGGACAGAGACGAAUGGGCUGAAUGCAAAGCAACGCUCGAGCAAUCCUUGGACACGUGCAAAAGUUCAAAUGUAACACAUCUACAAUACGCCCCAGCUGACACCAUGGAUGAAGCUGUGUGGAGGUUUCCUCAUGCCUCUCCGAGAGAUCUGCAGUAGGAUGCAGAUCUGUGUCUCCAUCUGGACGCUCCCACAGAUGACUUCCCACCUCUGCUUACUCAUCCUGUCCAGCUUUGCUGUCUCCUCUGAACUGGGUUUGGAGGAUGUUUUCUUCAGUCCGCAGGUCCAGACGGUCAGAGAAGGAGAGGGAGUUUUCUUCCAGUGUGUGUCAGGAGAAAGUUCUCCUCCUGCCAGCAUCACCUGGCUCAAAGACGGGACAUUAGUCACAAAAGGGAGACACAUUCAGGGGGAAUAUGGAGGUGGUAAUCAGAAGAAGACCUCAGGCACUCUGCAUAUUUUCAACGUCACAUUAGAGGAUGAAGGGAUAUACAUUUGUGUAACGCACAAUCCUUUACUGAACAUCAGCAAGAAGAGCAAGCCGGCUCAACUAACUGUGCAGGGGGUCCCUAGAAGGCUGCAGUUCAUCCACGGCCCAGACAGCAUCACCGUUGUUAUGGGAACAGAGGUCUCCAUGCACUGCGCUGUCCGCGGCUUCCCUGUUCCCAUGGUGCACUGGUUCAAAGACGGCUGCCUCCUGUCCAACUGCUCGUCCUCGUUCAGCCUGCAGAACAAUGGACAGCUGCUCACAUUCAGUAACGUGACACGGGAGCACGAGGGCUCGUAUCACUGUGAAGUGUCAAACCACAAAGAGACCAUCAAGUCGCAGCCUGCCUUCCUGCUGACCGCCGAUAUGGAAUGGAGUUUCGUCCAGCAGCCUGUAAACCAGACGGUGAAGAGGGGAGAAAAUGUUACAGUCACCUGCAGACCCCCAUACAGCCGACCAGCAGCACAGGUGGCUUGGUUCAAAAACAGCCAGCUUCUCUCUCCCAAAGGCCAUCAGACCAUGCUGCCCAGUGGAGACCUCUUCUUCUACAGUGUCCAGGAGGAUGACAGUGGGAGCUACUUCUGCAGAGCCUCCAACAUCCACCUUCAAAGAUUUCUCACCUCCAGAAGAGCGACCCUGUCUGUGCUGGCCCCUCCAUCAGUGAAACUGCGCCCCCAGGUGUUGACGGUGCCUAUGGGGGCUCGCGUGGUGCUGGAGUGUGAGGUGUCCGGUCAUCCUCCACCCUCCAUCAGCUGGGUGAAGAGAGGCCACUCCAAGCAGACUGGAGGGAAAAUCGUUUUUGGAUUGAGAAAUGCCACACUGUACAUCAAUUCAGCGCGGAACUACGAUGAAGGAGCGUAUGUGUGCGAGGCCUCCAACACUCUGGGCCACAGCCGCAACACAGCAAUGCUGAAAGUGGCUGUGAGUCCCAUCAUAGUGACCUUCGUAGAUCGGGUGAGCUGCAGGAUCGGGGAGGCAGUGGACCUGCCCUGCAUGGCUGUUGGGCUUCAGCCUAUCAAAUACAGCUGGACCCAGGGCAGAGCAGAGACAUAUUCAGCCAUCAGCCCCACUGAGGACAGACACAUUGAUGAAGAUGGAACUCUGCAUAUUUUAAAUGUGCAGUAUUCUGACUUCGGGGAAUAUUUCUGUACUGCUGAGAACCGAGCCGGACGACAUCAGAGACGCAGCAUCCUCGCUGUCACAGCUGAACAUCGUCCAGCUGAUAGAGGCAAACAGACAAGACUGGUUUUGUCUGCUAGCACCAAAACAAGCAAAGACCUGCCAGUGUCCCAAUCCAGUGACUCUAUGGCUGAGCAACAUCUUGGGACAACCCAUAAUCCACAUGUGCAGGCACAGCAACAUGAGGCCGCAUGCUCCUUACCCCACUGUGAUGCUACAACAAACAGAGCACCUUCUUCGCCUCCACUCUUAAAGGGAGCAGUGGCCGAGCUAAAGAUGCCAUCCCGACCACUUGGCUGGUUUUUACAGCACAACCCAAAUCAUCCAACAACCAGUCCAACUCAGUCGUUAGUCACACAGAUGCAGCCUCCUAUGUUGCUACCCCCUCCACAUCCCAAAUUCCAGUCAGUAGAUAUCUACUCACCCCUGCAGCAUACUAGAGCUCCUCUUAUGAUUUCAAAAAGUGAACCACCGAUAACACUCAGCCAGACAUCAGUUGCCGCCAACAAAGCUUUGGGUACAACCUUGACAUAUCUACUUACUGAAAGUCAGUUCCAUUUGAGAGUAACAUCACCACAUACACAAUUUCAGCAGCAAGUCAGUGACGAAUUGUUGAUAAAACCUGAUCCUCAGGGCUCUAACAUCCAUGCUGUGUCUGUAGCCAGUCAUAUCAUACAGCCCUUUACUGAGACGUCCAACCUUUCAUUGGGUGAACCCUUUGGCUUUCUCAAAAAGGAUUCAUAUUCAUCGACUACAACAGAGAGUCCUGUAACCCCAGCUAAGAUGACCAAUUCUGGUUCAGUUACUCAGUCUUCUGCUUCAAAAGCUGAGUUGCGCCAAACAAAAACACACAAACUGACUACCAAAAGUAAAAUAUACUCACUCUACCAUGAGCCAACUUCAACUCACAUUUCUCAAACCAAACCCCAGCGCCACAGUCUACUUUUACACCAGAAAACAGAUCUGCAGCCAUCACCAGCCAUCUCACAAAUAUCUGAAUCCGACACACGGCAAACAUUUACUCCAAGUCUUUUUACGAAGUACCAUCUUGAGCUAUGGACUAUCCCACAUUAUCUGCCUGCCUCACAACCUCCAACUUCUCCGUUCACAAAGCCUCAACAGAACCCAAUUCACACUCAGUCAACUUCAACCAUGUCUCUGCUUGCUCAUUCGUCUCCAACACAACAUCCACUGCUCCACUCACAAUCUCCUCUGGCACAGACUGAAACUUUUACACUCCAAAACAAAAACCACACUUCAAUCUCAACCAUCCAUCAAACCUCAGAUCCUUCAACGCUGGAAACUAAGAUUCCUGUUGUCCAUCAGGUCAACAUGUCUGACCAGGUACAGCUGAAUACCAGCCAGCAAGGUGACCCAGUUCAGUCAACUAAAUCUGGCAAUAACUCAGAACUUACAGAGUGGCUGAAGAGGAACACCUCCCAAUCACCUAUGACCAGCAAUGACCCCAGAGUAACACAGCAGUCUCCAUCAUGGCUGCCAGUGCUGGAGAAACAUGACAUCCCCAUUGUGGUGGGAGUGGGUGUAUCUCUGGCCUUCAUCUUCAUCACUGUUACCUUCUAUGCAGUGGUCCAGAAGAAUGAAGCUGCACCAACCGUCCGAGCAGGUCAGGGAUCCUCAGAUGCCUCAAAUGUCAGCACACCUAAUUCACAUUCUGAUCAUGCUCAGAGGAAUCUAGGUAUCCCCAUAAGACACACUGAAUGUCGUGCUGAAGGACGUUCGUAUGAAAACAGAGCUUUUGAAGAUGAUGACUGUGUGACAGUGAUUGAGCAGAGCCCUAACACAUCAGACACCCGAGCCCUUCCUCCAGGCCUGAGCCUGGUCACGGUGAAGAUGGAGCCUACAUUUGAGGAUCUUCAGGAGGACACACAGCCUGCCCUGGAUGAUUACUCAGUCACUGUAGAAACUUACCCUGAGCCCAUUCUCGACACAAAGAUUGAUCCCUCUCUGGAGGAGGAGAAGCGCAGCAGUUUGUCCCAGCCCAGCAUCCAGCUGCAGUGUGCUGAGGACUGGACCAGUAGCAGAGGAGAUAACCGCUGCAGCCCAUGCCACAAUGUCCUGCCUCCCCCAUCAUCUUUACCCUCCCAUUCACCUUCCCCCUCUCCACCAUCAAGGCAUCAGGAGGGCCUGCGCUCCUCAUUAACCCUUCAAAGUGCUGAGGCAGGUGGAGCGCCCAUCCACCACAGCCUCAGCAUCUCACAUGGCAACCAUCCCCUGCUUCUUUCUCACCAAGUCUCCCUGGGCCUCACUACAGUGGCAGUAGAUGUCCAUUUUUACCCAGCAGCCACUGCUUCCGUGGCAGUAGGCACUAGCACUCAUAUCAAUUCAGUCUCAAACUCCACUUCAGUGGCUGCACCACCACUGUUCACUUCUCCGUUUGUAAGCAGUCAGGAGAAUGACCAAACAGCUGCCAGAAUUCAGCAGUUUAAGUAGCAAUUACAACUUAGAAAAUACUUUUCUCUUGUUCAAGAGGAGUUUACAGGACCCAGGAGGUGCAUAGCUAUGUUUAGCAAAAAGACUGGAUGCUACAAAAAAAAACCUACCACUCUGUCAGGGUUUAUAAUGCACUUACCAACCCAUAUUAAAACAUGAUGCAACUCCUUUGUUGGAUGUGUUCAACUAAGCGAGUAAGGGAGUCAUAGCUUCACAAUUUAUUGUGCAAAAAUGUAUUUAUGUUUAUCCAUUAACCUGACAAAUCUGUACAGUGCCUCUACUGCUCCUGACUGUUUACCAAGAGAUGUGUUAAGAUUGCAAAAUCCUCUAUUAAAAAAACCAGUGCUUGUUUUCUGUUUUUGUACAGAUUAAGUUCAAAUCUGGAUCCAUCAUGUCACGUUCUUACCACUAGCUGUUUUCUACCUGCCUUUAGUCUUUAUGCUUACUGGCUCCCGGCUUUAGCUUUAGGCUAGUGGUAUGAAUUUUCUCAUCUAACUGAAAUGUUUCUCAAAAUGUUAAACUCUUCCUAGUCUAACUAGUAUAACAUUGUCUGUAUAGACAUUUGAAUAUUUCUGUAAAUAUGUUUUUCAUAUCUUUAGCACAGCACCUUCUGCUUUACUCCUGUGGUUACAAUAUGUAUUAUGGGACUGUGGAGCAGGUGACUUCUGAAAACAGCUACUAGUUGCUUUUAUUUUACUGCUGAAACAUGAAGGAGAAAAAUCUCAAUGUUAAGUAAUGAUUUUAAUAUUAGCUGUGUAGGAAUCACAUGUUUUAUUCUGAUUUAUAGAGGGUUAUUGGUUAUGGUUUACAAACAGUAAGGCCUAAAUGUGUGUACAGUAUUGACUUAUUCAGUGAAACAGCCAAGGAUACUUUGUUACAAAAUAUAUGUUUCUUGUUUCAGUGACCUGCUUAUUUUUCUUUUAUCAAACUACUUGACUGUUAAGACCUUUUUGAAACCAAAGCAGCAUGGGGCUGUAUCAAUAAACAUUUAAAAUAUACAA